AUGUCAAUAAUGAUGACCAAUGGCAAUAGCAACAGUAAUAAUAAUAAUGAAAUAUCAUCAUCAUCAUCAUCAUUAAAACGAUCGACAAUGAAAACAUCAUCAUUAUUAGAUACAAUAUCUUCUACGAACAGUAAUAAUAAUUCAUCGAUAAAUAAUGACAAUCGUAUUAAAUUUAUUGAUAUGCUUGUAUGUGGUUCAUGUCAACAAGAUUUUCAAUUAUCGGAUAUUUUAAAAUUUAUUGAACAUAAAGCUAAAUGUGGUAAUAAAGAAAAUAAACAAAAAAUACCAUAUCAUUUUCCACAACGACGAAGACGACGACGACGUCGAAGAGAAGAUUACAAUAAUGAAGAUGAUGAUGAUUAUGACGAUGAUGAUGAUGAUGAUGAUGAUUAUGAUAAUGAUGAUAAUAAAAUUCAACAGAGUGACAAUUCAAGUGAAAGUGACAAUGAAAAUAAUAUUCAUCGUCAACAAUUAUCACAUAAACAAACAAAAUUUCCAAAAGUUCUUGUUGAUGCAAGUGCUAAUACAUUAAAUUCUGAACCAUAUAAUUUUGAAUGCAGUGAAUGUGGUGAUAUUUAUAGUACAGCUUGGUUUCUCAUACAACAUUAUCAACGUUUACAUGGUUUAAAAAUGUAUAGAAAUUGUCUAAAUGAAAAUUCUUCUGCUAACAAUAAUAAUGAUAUUAAUCAAACAACAACAACAACAGCAACAUUGAGGAAUAGUAAUUUAUUAACAAAAGAUUCAUCAAUACUUGAUAUUAAUCUUGCUUUACUUGAAACUGCAUUUAAACAAGCUACAUCAUCUAAUCGUUCUCUAACAUCAUCAACAACAUUCGCUUCAAAUCAAUUGAUAGCUGCAGCUAAUGCUGCUCGAUCUGCACAGCAACAACAACAACAACAGCAACAACAACAUUCACUAUCUAUACGAACAACAAUCGAUAGUGAAUGUAAUCCACGCGGUUCUUUCUCAGCAGGUGCUAACUCUAAGGCAAAUGUGCCAUUUUCAACACUUACUCCAUCAACAUCUAGUACAACAUAUUCAGGUUUAUCACAAGAUUCUGUUCGAUCAAAUGCAAUUGCCCAAUUAUUAAAAGAAGUUGCUAAACAACAAACUUGUAAAACAUAUGAAAAAGAUAAAACAAAUAAUAAUAAUAAUAAUAAUAAUACAGAUUCACAAUUUCUUACACCAAAAUCUUUUGAUGUUACUACAUCUCAAAUUAGAAAUGAUUCAAAUAAUAAUGUACAUAAUCAUUAUGAAAGAUCAGAUGAUAAUAUUCGACGUCAUAAACGACGACAACCACUAGAUUCUGAUCAAAAUGAUGAAGAUGAACAUAAACGAACAACAUCAUUAUCUAUUUCGAAUUCAUCAAAUCGAGUUUCAACAUUAUCAACUGGUCCUAUGCGUCGUCUUUCAGCAUCAUCAACACCUUCAAUAUCAUUAUCAUCAUCUGAAGAUGAACCAGCAUCAUCUAUACAUUAUCAUGGAAUAAAUGAAAAUAAAAUAACUACAAAUAAUACAUCAUCUAAAACUAAUGAUCAAUUACAAGAACGAAAACGUCAUCAACGUAAACCAAUACGACAAAAACCAAUAAAAUUAAUAAAUAAUAUUAAAUCACAACAAUCAAUUAAAGAUGAACCAUGUGAUACAGAUGAUAAUAGUGUUACUUAUAAUACCAUUAAUGAUGAUAAUCAAUCAAUAACAUGGAAAAAACCUGGAUUAUUAUUAAAUACCGGUGGAAAUAAUCAUUCAAAUGAAUCGAUUAAUGAUAAUCGAACAUCAUUAACGAAUUCAUCAACUUAUAAAUGGCUUCAUCAAACAUUUCGUUCAUUAAUGCCAACACAAUCACAAAUGAAUGAUAUUGAAAUAACAAUGCAACAAUCACCACAAUCAAUUUCAAUGAUUGAUAGCGGUGGUGGUGGGGGUCUUGUAUCAACACGUUCAUCUCCUUCGUUAUCUACAACAUCACCAUGUUCAACAUCUGUACUUAAUUUAUCAACUACAAAUGGAAAUAAUCUUAAUGAUCAAAAUUCUCCAUCUCAACCGAAUAUGAUUGAUCAUUCAUUAACAUCGCCUGAUGGUAAUUAUCAUCAUCAUCAUCAUCAUCAUCAUCAAUCAAGGCUAUUAAAUCGAACAAAUCGAAAUGAAAAUAAUUCUAUAUCAUCAACAUCAACAUUAUUUACAAAUAAUAAUAAUAAUAUUCAUUUAACUAAUGUAUCAAAUUCAAAUCCUCAACGAUUAAUAAAACGUGAUCGACGUAAUGAUACAUGUGAAUAUUGUGGAAAAGUAUUUAAAAAUUGUUCAAAUUUAACUGUUCAUCGUCGAAGUCAUACAGGUGAAAAACCAUAUAAAUGUGAAUUAUGUGCAUAUGCAUGUGCACAAUCAUCAAAAUUAACACGUCAUAUGAAAACACAUGGUCGUGCUGGAAAUGAAGCAUUUCGUUGUCGUUAUUGUUCAAUGCCAUUUUCUGUAGCAAGUACUUUAGAAAAACAUAUGCGUCGUUGUGAACUUAAUCCACAAAUUCUUGCUGUAUUUAAACAACAACAACAACAGCAACAACAACCAACAACAAUAUCAUCAAUAAAUAAUAAUAAAAGAUCUAUAAAAAAUUCAAAAAAUGGAUUUUGUAUUGAUACAAUUGAUGAUAAUGAAGAAAUGAUUGCUGAUGAUUAUUCAUCAUAUACUGAAAUAAUUGAUGAACAAAAUGAAGCAAGUUUAGAUGAAGAUAUUGAUGAUAUUGAUUUUACUGAACAACCAUCAAAUGAGCAAUCUUGA